ACAGGCAGCCCCGACGAGUUUGCUGAAUAACUCAAGGCGCCCUUCCCCUCCAGCAGGGAGACUAAGGGAGUGAGAAUAAAGACAGAUAGCGGAUCGAGCCGCGGGAAGGAGAGGAAGGAGGGAGGGGGGGCGGAAAGCCAAAGAAAGUUUCUGCCUAACUUUGCUAUUGCUGCUGCCACCGUAGAUCAGCAGCUAUGCUGGGGGUGCACGGCGUGCUGGAGCUUGGAGGGCUCAGAUCGCCUUAGGAAAGGCAGGAAGGGGGGGAAAGGGAGCUGGAAAGAUUUAGGGCGCAAGGAAAACGGAGAGGAGCCCCCCUCCCUCCCCUCUCCCCCACCCCCUCUGGUCGGGGCCCGCGAGGAAGCCGUCUAGGGUAGCAAAAGUCCCCCGCGGGGAGGAGGAGGAAAGUUGAUCCAGCUAGGGAGGGGAGGGGGAAAGACCAUCUCCGAGUGGGGCAGCUUCGGGUGGGCAAGGAUGAGCCUGUUGUCAGCCAUCGACACCAGCGCUGCCUCCGUCUACCAGCCCGCGCAGCUUCUCAACUGGGUCUAUCUGUCCCUGCAAGACACGCACCAGGCCAGCGCCUUCGAUGCCUUCAGACCGGAGCCUUCGUCGUCUCAGCACCCGGAGCUGAGCUACCCCAGCAAGAGCAGCGCCGAGCUGGGCUCCUCCCUCAGCUCCAGCUAUCUUAACAGCUUCUUCCAGCUCCAAAGGAACGAGGCGCUGAGCAGCAGCCUCUAUAAGAGUGCCUCUCCCUAUGGCUCCCUUAAUAACAUAGUAGAUGGCUUGAGCUCCCUCACUGAACAUUUCUCCGACAUAUCCCUCUCCUCAGAAGCCAGAAAGCCCAGCAAGAGACCACCACCCAACUACCUGUGCCAUCUUUGCUUCAACAAGGGACACUACAUCAAGGACUGCCCACAGGCACGUCCAAAAGGAGAAGGCCUGACACCGUACCAGGGGAAAAAACGCUGCUUUGGUGAAUACAAAUGCCCCAAGUGCAAGAGAAAAUGGAUGAGUGGAAACUCCUGGGCCAACAUGGGACAAGAAUGUAUCAAGUGCCACAUCAAUGUGUAUCCUCACAAGCAGAGACCCUUGGAAAAGCCCGACGGCCUGGAUGUUUCUGAUCAAAGUAAAGAACACCCUCAGCAUCUCUGUGAGAAAUGUAAAGUGUUGGGGUACUACUGCCGCCGUGUGCAAUAAAUCAACACAGGGAUCACCUCUGCCACCACGUUUUUAGAUCCUCUGGCAGCAAACAGUCAAAAUGAAAGAGGAGGGGAGGAAAAAAGAACACCAGACAAGAACCCCAAACAUCACCAAUAUUGCCUAUCAACAAACUAAUAAUACGCCUUACCUUUAAUAGAAUGUAACCCUUUUCCUGUGUAUGUGUAUACGUGCAAGUUGUA